AUGAGAAUCCACACAGGAGAGAAACCACACAGCUGCUCAGUCUGUAAGAAAGCUUUUUCACAGAUUGGAAGUUUAAAGAAACACAUGAGAAACCACACAGGAGAGAAACCCUUUAGCUGCUCAGUUUGUACCAAAUCUUUUGCAUUGAGUGGAAAUUUAAAGGCACACAUGAUAAUCCACACAGGAGAGAAACCCUUUAGCUGCUCAGUUUGUACCAAAUCUUUUGCAUUGAAUGGAAGUUUAAAGAGACACAUGAUAAUCCACACAGGAGAGAAACCACACAGCUGCUCAGUCUGUAAGAAAGCUUUUUCACAGAUUGGAAGUUUAAAGAAACACAUGAGAAACCACACAGGAGAGAAACCCUUUAGCUGCUCAGUUUGUACCAAAUCUUUUGCAUUGAGUGGAAAUUUAAAUGCACACAUGAGAGGCCACACAGGAGAGAAACCCUUUAGCUGCUCAGUUUGUACCAAAUCUUUUGCAUUGAAUCGAAGUUUAAAGACACACAUGAUAAUCCACACAGGAGAGAAACCAUUUAGCUGCUCAGUUUGUACCAAAUCGUUUUCAUUGAGUGGAAGUUUAAAGGCACACAUGAGAGUCCACACAGGAGAGAAACCCUUUAGCUGCUCAGUUUGUACCAAAUCUUUUGCACAUGGUGCAACUUUCAAGUCACACAUGAGAGGCCACACAGGAGAGAAACCACACAGCUGCUCAGUCUGUAAAAAAACGUUUUCAAGUAGAUAUCAUUUAAAGACACACAUGAGAGCCUGUUUUCACCCACCUGCAGCCGAUUCGCUAAUAAUCACACAUGUUCAUUUCGUUAACCCCUUGACUCUACUAUUUCUUGUUUAAUAAUUGUUACAUCUCCUCAGGACCAAGUUCCCGUGUCCUGCCUUUCAUUUGCUGAUCACCCACUGCUCAUUUAAGGAGGACUGACCUUUACAAGCGACCAGCUAGUCUUAAUGCAACCGUUUUGUAAAGUGAUGCUGCACCAAAAACGUGCUGUUGGGUUGUGUGCUCUCUGCAGGACGGUGUCUGUACUCAAAGAUUGUUUAUGAAAUGAGAACUUCAUUCUGUUUAUGUU